AUGGCUCUCGCAGACGACAUCCCCACUCUCAACCGCAGAUCCCAUGCGCAGGAAGGGGAUUCUUUCGAUGAGAAGAAAUCGUCUCAAGCCUCGGUCGUGAAGGACGUGAAGGACGCGUACAGCGACCUCGAGAAGACGGAGGUACUAGAAAUACCGCCGGAGGAGACGGAGGCUGUCGUCCAUGACGCCGCCGACAUCGCUACUCAAAUCCUGCAUACGGAUGAUGAUCCUACGCUCCCCGCCAUGACCUUCAGGUUCUGGUUUUUGGGUUUGGGUCUCGCAACAUUCGGCUCUGUCUUGUCCGAGAUCUACUGGUGGAAGCCUCAGAACGCAACUGUAUCUGCACUCUUCCAGCUGAUCAUCUCGUAUGUCCUGGGACGCGCCAUGGCUCAAUUUAUACCGACCAAGGGCUGGUUCCGUUACCUGAACCCAGGCCCAUUCAACAUCAAGGAGCAUGCUUGCAUCGUCAUCUUCUCCUCCACAGCAUCGACUACGGCGGACGCCAUCAGCAUCAUCUCCACGCUAGACCUCUUCUACGGCGUAAAGCUUCACCCUGCUGUGGCCAUCUUCCAGACAUUGUCCAGUCAACUGCUGGGUUAUGGUUUCGCGGGGAUCUUGCGAGUGCUGCUAGUCUUCCCCACGUACGCGCUGUACCCUGCCACGGUGCCCCAGGUCAAUCUGUUGCAAAGUAUGCACACUGGUAACUAUCUCAGCAAGAAGAAGAUGCGUUUCUUCUGGAUCGUAUUCACCGCCAUCUUCUGCUGGGAGAUCAUACCCACCUGGAUGUUCCCUCUACUGACGGCAUUCAGCAUCGUGUGCCUCGCGGAUCAUGGGAAGCAUGACUUCGUCAGAAACUUUUUCGGUGGCGGCUCCUCCAACGAGGGGAUCGGGUUCUUCUCUUUCGGAUUUGACUGGACGCUCAUCAGCCAAGGAAAUCCGCUCUAUUGGCCGCUCCAAACACAGAUAUCUGCCUAUCUUGGCAUGUUUGGAGGUUACAUUCUUCUGACUAGUGCAUACUACUCCGACCUUUGGAGCGGCAAGUCCCUUGGACUCCCCUGGAUGUCACAGUCGCUCUUCUACGCCAACGGCACGACUUACGACCAAACGACGAUUCUUAAUGACAAGCAAGAGUUCGACCCGGAGAAGUAUGCUCAGGUUGGCCAGCCAUGGCUAACUACGACAUAUGGUCUCUCGCUGCUGUGCUACAACUUGGCGGUCGGAGCAAGCUUCUCUCACGUGCUGGUUUGGCAUUGGAAGGAACUCAAGGCAGCGUUCUCUGGUUUCAAGUUCCUCAGGAAUGUCAGGGAUGUUGAUGAUCCUCAUUUUGCGAAGAUGAAGGUUUAUCCGGAAGUACCGCAAUUGUGGUAUAUCUCGAUCCUGCUUGGCUCAUUCGCAGUCGGGUGUGGUACUUUGUAUACUCACACCAACUACCUGCCCGGGUGGUCCAUGCUCGUCUUCGUGAUUAUCUCUUUCGUCAUCACGACGUUCUUGGGCUUUGUCACUGCUGUGACGGGCUUCUCGCAACCGACGCAAGGUUUGGUCCAAUUGAUCGCUGCCUACGUGCAUCCAGGCAAACCUGUCGCAAACAUGUACGCCAAGCUGUAUGGGUAUAGCACAGGGUACCAAGCACUUUACCUCUUGCAAGAUCUUAAGCUCGGCCAGUAUUGUAAAAUCCCUCCUCGGGCUACUUUCACGGCCCAAAUUGCUGGCACUGUCGUUGGCUCCAUAAUGAACUACGUCCUCAUGAAGAGCAUCAUCAGUGCGCAUAGAGCGGAAUUAGUGGAUCCCAUAGGCACACGUCUCUGGUCGGGGUGGCAUGCCCAGUCUUUCAACACCCAGGCGAUCACCUGGGGGGCUCUGGCGAAGCAGAUGUAUUCCCCUCACUCGACGUACUUCUGGAUCCCGAUGGCCAUCUUGAUUGGCUUCCUUACUCCCUUCGUCUUCUUUGGCCUCCAUAAAGUCUUUGGCAAGAAGACGGGCUUCUUUAAGUACAUUAUCAUUCCCGUUGUGGCGAACUACCUGGGUUAUCUUCCCUAUUCCGUGAACGGCCAAUGGUGGACGUGCUAUGUCAUUGGCAUCGCCUCGCAGUGGUGGGCACGUACGCGGAGACCUCGUUGGUUCAAGAAAUAUAACUACCUCAUGAGCGCUGCUCUGGACGGAGGUAGCCAGAUUAUUUUCUUCAUCUUGAACUUUGCAGUGUUCGGCGCUAGCGGGAGCGGGGUGGAUUUUCCCAGCUGGUGGGGUAACCCGUCCGCCUCUAGUGGAUUGUCCGUUGAUAGAUGCAAGGCGACGGUCGGAUGA